CAAAGCCACCUGGUCACAUAGGCCAGGCGGGCUGGCGGGGAGACAGGACAGGGAGUGGCACCACGGGCUUGGGGAAUGGGGGCCAGCGCCGGUCCACCACCCUCCUGAGCACCCGAGAUGGACGAUCCCACAUCCGGGGCACUAGACACUCUGUCUGGGUCGCCACAUGGCCCUGGCCAGGGAAGGCCCCGUCAGCCCUAAAGUAAACAACCGAGGACUUGUCCGGACAUGGAAAGAUAGCUGGCCAGGGACCCGUCUGGCCUGUUCUUCCCAGUGUCCUGGAGGGGUCGAGGGGCUGCAAAGUGACAAGCUAGCCCUGUGACUGAGCCACCCGGCCUGGGCCAGGAGAGUCCUGGCCUGGGGAAGGUGCACAGGACAGCAGGGUCGGCCAGGAACAGGGGGCCGGCCUGGCUCUGCUACAGACACGCGGCCUGGCCCUGAGCGGGAGCCACCACCAACUCCCCACCUGGAUCGGAAGGAAGAGACCUCAGUGCCCCUCUGGCCCCACCUGAUUGGCACGGCACCCUGGCCUGGUGCGGCUGCUGUCCACUGGCCCUCCGGGAACCCUGGGCACUGACCCUGGUGCUCUCAGUGGGAACCCUGCUGUUCUGCUCUUGUGUGUGGCAUGGUGUUACCCAGGGAGUCUGUCCCCACGCUUGGCUGGGGCCAAGAGACAGGGUGUGGAUGGACACUCGCAGAGCCUGGCUGCAGCCCGAUGGUCAAAAAGAGAUGUGCACACAGGCCCCGGCAGCCCCACCCCCUCCCCCCAAGGGCUGGCCCGACUGCCCAGAGGCUGUGUGAUUCUGGGGGAAGCUUGUCCUCCCCUGGGCUGCGGAGAGUGAACAGGGUGCCCGGCGCCUCCAGGGCCGGGAGCGGGAGGGAGGAGGUGGACUGGCACCCAGGGACACUCUGCCUUCCAAAGGGUGUCCUUCACGCCAGUUCCAGGAAUCAGCCUGCAGGAGAGGAGGCGUCAGUGUCCAAAGUUCUGAUGCAACACAGCAGAGGAGCCGGGAAGUCCGUUUAUUAUCGGACAGGCGCAGCAAGAUGUGUGCGCUGGGAAUGCGCUUCCGCCGUGAGGUCAGGGAGGAACGCGAGUGAGUCUGUCUGCGUGGCGGGGAGGCUGCCGGGGCCUGGUGGUCUCAGCCCUGCUUCCAGGUUUAUGGCUCUGCAGUGCCCUGGUCGCUGCCCCUCCCAGCACCUGACAUCUGAUCACAAUCCUCACCGCUGUCCUGCAGGCCUCGAGAAGGAGGCUGGGUCUGAGCAGAAGCUGAGUAGGAAAGCUGCCGGCACAGCCUGCCCCACUGUCAGGGAGCGGCCCUGCCCUGUCCGUGUUCCCUGCAGGACCCAGGAGCCUGCACCUCACCUCUGGCCACCCAUGGGGACGCUUGUGGCCAAGCUGCUCCUGCCCACCCUCAGCAGCCUGGCCUUCCUCCCCACCAUCAGCAUCGCCGCCAAGAGGCGCUUCCACAUGGAGGCCAUGGUCUACCUCUUCACCAUGUUCUUCGUGGCGCUCCACCACGCCUGCGCCGGGCCGGGCCUGUCCGUGCUGUGCUUCUUGCGACACGAUGUCCUGGAGUACUUCAGCGUCUACGGGACGGCUCUGAGCAUGUGGGUCUCCCUGAUGGCCCUGGCCGACUUCGACGAGCCCCAGAGGUCCACGUUGGUGAUGUUUGGUGUCUUGACCGUGGCCGUGCGGGUGUUCCAUGACCGCUGGGGCUAUGGAGUGUACUCAGGCCCCAUCGGCACAGCCACCCUCAUCAUCGCCGCGAAGUGGCUGCGGAAGAUGAAGGAGAAGAAGGGCCUGUACCCAGACAAGAGCGUCUACACCCAGCAGAUAGGCCCUGGCCUCUGCUUCGGGGCGCUGGCCCUGAUGCUGCGCUUCUUCUUCGAGGACUGGGAUUACACCUACGUCCACAGCUUCUACCACUGCUCCCUGGCCAUGGCCUUCGUGCUGCUGCUGCCCAAGGUCAACAAGAAGGCGGGGAACGCGGGAGCCCCCGCCAAACUGGACUGCCCCACGCUCUGCUGUACCUGUGUCUGACGGCGCCCUAGCUCCUAGCCCCUGCCCUGCCCAGCUCAGGCUUUCUCUGUCCUCCAGCCUAGGAGUCCAGGAGAAAGGGCCUCUCUGUCCCCACGAAGGCCCCAGGGAUGCAUAAAGCACCCACACACUGCAGGGCACAGCUGUGCCCACUCACCCCAUCGCCAGGGCACUCAGCACCGUGCAGGGAGAGGCACUCUCCUCUCCUGGCCUCCCUCUGGCCCCCUCCCGGCCCCCUCCUGGCCCCCUCCUGGCCCCCUCCUGGCCAAGGCUGUGCUGCAGGCCACUCUCCCUCU